AAAAACUCUAUCCUGUUAAAUCAGAUUAACCUGGAACAUACAAAAGAUUCUCUUUUUAUUUUUCUAUUUCCAACUCUCUCUGUCUCUUAGAACAUCCAUGGACUCAGAAGCUCCUCAAGUAGAAAUGGUCUUCUUUCCCUUCGUGGGUGGAGGUCAUCAAAUCCCAAUGAUAGACAUAGCAAGACUUUUUGCUUCCCAUGGAGCCAAAUCCACAAUCAUAGUCACUCCCACAAACGCUAUUCAGUUCCAAAAUUCCAUCCUUCGUGACCAAAACUCAGGCCACCCAAUUUCCAUUCACGCUCUCCAAUUACCAGAGGGUGCUGUUUCACCUGACUCAGACAUGACAGCCACCCCUUCCACCGACACCACAGUCCUCCGAGAGCCUCUGAAACUCUUCCUCACUGAACACAAACCCGACUGCAUUGUCUUCGACACGUUUCACCGUUGGGCUGCUGAGCUUUUCGAUGGGCUCGGAAUUAGAAAGAUUGUUUUCAAUGGUAGUGGGUGCUUUCCUGGCUGUGUUUCUGAGAAUAUAAGAAAGUAUGAACCGCAUGAGAAAGUGGGUUCGGAUUAUGAGUCUUUUUUGGUUCCAGGUCUUCCUGAUCGGAUCGAGUUGACAAGGUCUCAGAUUCCUAUUUUUGUUAGAGACAAAUCUGGGCGUUUUGCUAAAAUGGGAAAAAAAGAUGAAGACAAGAGUUUUGGGUCUGUGGUUAAUAGUUUCUACGAAUUGGAGCCUGCUUAUGCUGACUAUUACAGAAAAGAGAUGGGAAAGAAGGCUUGGUUUGUAGGCCCAGCCUCUUUGUGUAACACAGAUGUUGCUGAUAAGGCUGAGAGAGGCACACAAGCCUCAAUUGAUGAACAGAGUUUUAUGAAGUGGUUGGAUGAUAAAGAACCCAAUUCUGUUCUCUAUAUUGGUUUUGGAAGCAAACCCGGGUUUGCUACCGGACAGUUUGUUGAGAUCGCUCAUGCUCUUGAGGCUUCCAACUGUUCAUUCAUUUGGGUUGUUGGAAAAAACUUAAAAGAUGAAGAAAAUUGCCUUCCUGGUGGAUUUGAAGAGAGGAUUAAGGAGUCCAAGAAGGGUGUGAUAAUCAGAGGGUGGGCACCUCAGUUGUUGAUAUUAGAACAUGGUGCGGUGGGAGGGUUUAUGACUCAUUGUGGAUGGAACUCUAUGUUGGAGGGAUUUUGUUGUGGUGUGCCUAUGAUUACAUGGCCUCUCUCUGCUGAACAAUUCUACAAUGAGAAAUUGGUUACUGAUGUGUUGGGGAUUGGGGUUCAAGUUGGGAGCAAAGAGUGGAUCUCCUUUAAGUCUGAAAAGAAAGGGUUGGUUGGGAGGGAGAAAGUGGAAGUGGCAGUGAAAAGGUUGAUGGGUGGUGGUGAUGAAGUGGUGGAUAUAAGAAAAAGAGCUAAAGAGCUUGCAGGGAAGGCUAAGAGAGCUGUUCAAGUAGGUGGAUCUUCGUAUAUAGAUGCUGAUGCCUUAAUUGAGGAGCUUAAAUCCUUAAAGAAAAAUGUGAAUUGAUAGAGUAAUAUUGUAGUCACUCACUUGCCAAAAUGAAGAUUCAUGAAAUGAAGUUUGUAUUGUUUUUCUGAUGGGCACUUUUAACACUUUUUUUUUAGCUCUUGGAUGGGCGGUUAGACUACUGUAAAAUAUAAUCUUAGACUCAUAAAUUUUGCUA